CCAUAACAUAAUACAUUUUAAUGGCCAAAAUGAAAACCAGCAAAAAUUCUAAAAUAGAAAAGGUAAAACAACCAACUCAGGUUAAGAAAAAACGAGAUAAGGAGGAAUCUAGUCCACCUGUAUCUGAAGGCGCGCGCAAGCUUAAAGCUUUGAUCGAAAAGGCAACCGUAAAACCAGCUUCUACCGAAUUAUUACAACCACCAAAGAAUGAAUCUCCUGUUAUACCUGAAAAGGUGAAGAUAAUUGAUAAUAAGGGAACAAACGACGCUGAUACGAGAAUAGAACCAGAGGUUAGAACCAAACCAGUCGUUCAAAAAAAGGUUAAAAAGACAAAGAUCGGUUCGAAAGAUUAUGUUGAUGAACCUAAUGUUGUUUUUAUCGGAAAUGUACCCUUGUCAUUGGAUAAAUCUCAGUUGAUAAAGAAGCUCGGAAUCGACCCCAAAAUAGUACAAUCUAUUUACUUUAGGUCAUUGCCAGUUGAAAGCAAGUUUGCAAGAAACAAAAGAGUUGGUAUAAUUAGAGGCAAAUUCAGUGAUGCCAAAUCUACACAAAAUGCAUACGUUAAACUUGUCGAUGAGAAAUAUGUCGAUACAUUGUUGGCGAAGAAUACCAUGGAAAUAGAUGGGCAUUAUUUGUUUAUCAACAAAAACUCGCCUUCUUCAUUUAGUAAAUUCAAUCGCAAGAAAACCAUUUUUGUUGGAAGGCUUCCGAAAAGUACCACCGAGAAUGAACUUUUUGAUGUGUUUUCUAAUGUAAGCGCUGUCAAAGGUGUUCGCAUUAUCAGAGAUCCGCAGACUCACGAAUCCAAGGGUUUUGGAUUUGUCGCAUUCGAUGAACGAAAUGCAGUACCCGAAGCUAUAGCAGCUUUCAACAAUAAAGAGUUUAAGGGUUAUACGCUUAAUGUCAUGAAAGCUCUGGACCACGAGAAAGCUGUUGAAUACAAAAUGAAAGCUACAAAGAAAAAGGGUUCUAAAAAAGAUCCAAAAGGACGUUAUCGUCAAAGUAGAAAGGGCAAUAUGAAAGGUGAUUCGAAAAAGCUUGCCAGAAGACGAUGAUGCUGUAGCAGCACGAAACAUGCUUGAUGAAUUUUCAUAUAUACAACUUU